AUGGGUGUCCCCAAAUUCUUCAGGUGGAUGAGCGAGCGGUAUCCGGCCAUAUCACAGCUGAUUGCGGAGAAUCGGAUACCAGAAUUCGAUUGUCUUUACCUAGACAUGAACGGAAUCAUCCACAACUGCACGCACAAAGACUCCGACGAUGCAACGUUCCGAAUGACCGAGGAACAAAUGUUUAUUGCAAUCUUCAAUUAUAUUGAGCAUUUGUAUGGGAAGAUCAAGCCAAAGCAGCUAUUCUUUAUGGCCAUUGAUGGCGUUGCGCCCAGAGCAAAGAUGAACCAACAGCGAGCCCGAAGAUUUCGAACUGCGCUAGAUGUUGAAAAUGCCAGAGAGAAGGCAAUUAAAGAAGGCAAGGAAAUGCCAAAGGAAGAAGCAUUUGAUAGCAAUUCCAUCACUCCAGGUACCGAGUUCAUGCAUAAAUUGACUCAACAGUUGAAAUAUUUCAUCAACAAGAAGGUGUCAGAGGAUGUCGAUUGGCAGGGCGUUGAAAUCGUGCUGUCCGGCCACGAGGUCCCGGGAGAGGGAGAACACAAGGUCAUGGAAUACAUUCGACUGGCAAAGGCGCAGCCCGAUUAUGACCCCAAUGUCCGACAUUGUCUUUACGGUCUUGAUGCCGAUUUGAUCAUGCUGGGGCUUUUGAGCCAUGAUCCCCAUUUCUGCCUGCUUCGAGAGGAGGUCACAUUUGGAAGACAGAGCAAGACGAAGUCGAAAGAGCUAGAACACCAAAAUUUCUAUCUCAUGCACCUUUGCAUUGUGCGGGAAUACUUGGAAUUGGAAUUCCAAGAAUUAAAAGAGGAUGGCGUACUGGGAUUUGCAUUUGAUCUCGAACGAGUCAUCGACGAUUUCAUACUGAUGGCGUUCUUUGUUGGAAACGAUUUCUUGCCCAACCUUCCUAAUUUACAUAUCAAUGAAGGGGCAUUGGCGCUGAUGUUCAAAAUUUACAAGACAGUUCUUCCAAAGGGUACUGGGUACAUCAACGAAGGAGGUGUUAUCAAUAUGGAGCGACUGGCUAUCUUGUUAGAAGAGCUUUCGCAUGUGGAAUAUCGCUUUUUCGAGAGUGAAAGCUCGGAUCAGAAAUGGUUCAGAUCGAAGCAGAUGGCUAAAGAGGAUGUCAUGGUGAAAGGCAAGACAAAGGGCAAGAUUACGAUGACAACUCCUCAGCGGGAAGUGUGGAAGCAGGUCAAGAAAUACGUCACUCGUCGCUCUGAUGAGCCUUUGAACCUCCCAGCGACUUUGUCUGCCGCAGAUCGGAAAUUUGUCCAGGAUCUGGCCGAGAGCCUGCACCUGGAAUGGAAGACGAUUGAGGACGAUCAAGGCGAUCGGCAUAUGCAGCUCUCCUUUCCUCCUAAGCUAGUUGGCGACGACGAAGAAGACGACGAGGAAGAUGAAGAAUCGCAGCUUGCAGUCCGGCGUGUUGUCAAGCAGUUUGACAGCGCUCAAACAAUCGACAUUACCAGAGCAGAAGCGCAAGCUGAGAUGGAUCGUCAAUACGAAGAGAAAUUUCAGGAAUGGAAGGACAAAUACUACGAAGGCAAAUUCGAGUGGACCCGGAAGAAUGAUACGGAGCUGACGAAAUUAUGCGAGAACUAUGUCCAAGGGCUCCAGUGGGUACUUUUCUACUAUUACAGAGGAGUUGCUUCUUGGCCAUGGUUCUACCAGUAUCAUUAUUCACCGAUGAUCUCAGAUGUCGUCAAAGGCUUGAAGGCAGAUGUCAACUUCAAGCUCGGACAGCCUUUCCAUCCGUAUGAACAGCUUAUGGGUGUGCUCCCUGACCGAAGUAAGAAGAUUGUGCCAGCUGUCUAUCAUGAUCUCAUGACGAACCCUAAUUCUCCGAUCAUUGACUUCUACCCUCGAGACUUCGAGCUGGAUAUGAACGGGAAGAAGAUGGAAUGGGAAGCUGUGGUCAAGAUUCCUUUUAUCGAAGAGGGCAGAUUGUUGGCUGCCAUGGCUCCAAAGAAUGCUCUCUUGAGUGAGGACGAGAAAUUCCGUAACGACUUUGGCGUGACACUGAAGUUCACCCAUGACCCGGACAUAUCAUUUACCUAUCCCUCUUCUCUUGUGGGCAUCUUCCCCGAUAUACCCAAUUGUCACUGCGUCGAGAACAUCUUUGAUCUCCCAACAAUCGAGGGCUUGGAGUAUCAUGUUGGCUUGAUGGAAGGUGUGAAAUUAGGGCAUGCCGCAUUGGCUGGCUUCCCUAGCUUGGCUACCAUCCCUUACAACGCAACUUUGGGAUUUCAUAGUGUCAAUGUCUUUCAGUCGGACAGCAAAAACGAAAGUAUGGUCGUCACGAUCGAAGACAGCGAAAACCGAACCAACGUCAAGACUGCCACAAUGAAAUUGGGCCAACGAGUGUUCGUGGGUUACCCUUUCUUGCAGGAGGGCAAGGUAGUCAAGGUUUCAGAUGAGCUAUUUGACUAUUUUCCUUCCAGUGACGGGUCGAAUCAGCCUUUACAACAACCCCAUGGCCCUCGAGAAAUCGAAGAUUUCCGCAAGAAGGCUGAUAGAAUCGAGAACAACUACAGCAAGCGUCUGGGUAUCAUUAUUGGCCCUGUCGAAUCAAUCACUCAUGUUGAGAUAUUGAAGGGUCUGAAAAAGACCGAUGAAGGAGCCAGCAUCAAGGAGUACGCUGUCAUCCCUGGAAUCGAAACUGAAUACGCAACUCAAGUCUGUGUGGACGAAGUUCUAAGCGAGGAUCAACGAUUCUUAGAGAAAGCAGCUGUUCCGAUUGAGGAGGAGUUUCCACCAGGCUCUCGGGCUUUCUUCUUAGGGGAAUUCAACUUCGGCAGGCCUCUUGAGAUAAUCAGCCACAAGGAUAACCGGGCAGAGAUCUGGCUUUCAACGAUCAAGGGAAAGGAAGUUGAAUUUGGGCGUAACAUUGUCAAUGGGCAUGGCUCCCAGACUCAUUACACGCCUUCGUUUGCUGUAGCAAAGAUGCUUGGUCUCCACCCUCUUGUUCUGAGCAAGAUCACAUCAUCGUUCACUAUUUCCGCUCUUGGCUUGGAUCGUCUUAAUCUUGGACUUAAUCUAAAGUUCGAGGCAAAAAAGCUGAAAGUCCUGGGCUAUUCUCAGCGCUGGGAAUUCAGCAAUAAAGCGAUUGAGCUACUAAGCAUCUACAUGACCAAGUUUCCUGAAUUCUUUGCCGGCAUCCAGCGCAAACCCCAGGGGAAUCAAUAUGAUGCAGAAGACUUCUAUCCAGCAGAAAUCGCCGGCGAAAAAAUCAAGGAGAUAGCGGCAUGGUUGAAGUCAAUCGAAUCCAAAAACUUUGAGAAAGUUCCCCUGGAUGCGGAGCAAUUAGAUUCAGAUGCCGUCAUGGCAAUCGAGAGAGCAGCCGAUGCAGCUUUAGCGGCCACCGGUGCUGCAGAACCUAGCGACUUUAAGAAACUCAAGGGGGUUCCUCGAAAUGCACUCAUGAAGCCUUCUGAUGCAGAGCAUCGUCUUGGGAACCAGAGGUUCGCGCUCGGUGAUCGUGUGGUUUAUGUCCAAGACUCUGGCCGCGUACCUAUUGCUACCCGUGGUACUGUUGUUGGUAUCUCGCGCACAGCACGCGCUAUCCUAUUGGACGUUGUAUUUGAUGUUACAUUCAUGAGCGGUACUACUCUAGGAGAACGCUGCACACCAUUCCGUGGCUCAACAAUUCCGAUCACGUCGGUUUUGAAUUUGACAAACAAGCAACUGAUCGCUGGUUCCAAGGCGGGUGCGGAAAAACAUCCCGCACCGGUUUCGACCCCCCUUGCCGCAAAUAGCGGUUACGGCACUCCCACAGGCCCCGGUGGUAGAGGACAGCUGCGCGAAUCCAAUGUGCCUGCGCCUUUGAGGGGCUCAUUCCGGGGUGCUGUUGCGGGCCAUAAUGGUUUCCGAGGAAAUGGUGUGUCCAGGGGCCGAGGAAGAGGCGGCUUAGGCUAUUCCGAUCAGAAUGCUAGCCCGGCAAUACAUAGCAGCAACAUGGCGAUUCGGGGCAAUCUCCAGAAUGGUACGAAUGGAGGUCGAGGUGGUGUUGGGGGAGGAUUCAGAGGUGGACGAGGAGGCGGGCCUGUUGGAUACAACGCGGUCCCUCCACCAUCGAGUCUAGAAGCUAGAGGACGUGGAAGAGGCCGAGGUGGUGGCCGUGCAAGGGGUGCCUUGAGAGGCAGAGGUAAUGCCGUGCAGCCUGUACAGGCCCAACAGACUUAG